AUGGCGUCGAUGAGGGAGAGCGACACCGGCCUGUGGCUUCAUAACAAGCUAGGCUCCGCCGACGAGCUGUGGGCGCCCCCGAGUAUUGCCUCACUGCUCACCGCCUCCGUCAUUGACAACGUCCGCCUAUGUUUUCACAACCUCUCGUCGGCGGUGAAGCUCAAACUACUGCUUGGGAUGCUGCACCUCCCGCGCCGCACCGUGGACGAGAUGAAAGGUGCUCUGACAGAGAUCAUCCAGCUAGCUUCGCUCGACUCCGAUCCCUGGAUAUUAAUGGUAACUGAUAUCUUAAAAUCCUUUCCUGAUACGGGUUCCCUCAAUCUCGACCUUGAGGAGCAGAAUCCAAAUGUGCAAGAUAUCUUGGGAGAACUGAGGGAGAAAGUAAGUGAAUGCGAGGCCUCGGCUAUGCUGCCUCUGGAAUGCCAGUACCUGAAUAAGAACGCCCUGACCACCCUGGCCGGGCCGCUUACACCUCCAGUGAAACAUUUCCAGCUAAAGCGGAAACCAAAGAGCGCCACUCUCAGGGCCGAACUUCUACAAAAAUCUACAGAAACAGCGCAGCAGCUGAAGAAGACGGCUGGUGUUCCUUUUCAUUCAAAGGGAAGGGGCCUGGUGAAAAAAGUGGACACAACAACUCCUCUUAAAGGUAUACCAAAGCAAGCCCCAUUUAGAAGUCCAACAACUCCUAGUGUAUUCAGUCCAACUGCAAACAGAACGCCCAUUGCACCCUCCAGGACACCUCUGUGCAAAGAGCGAGGAGUGAAGUUUUUGGACAUAAAAGAGCUGGAUGUUGUCGGCGCCGGCAGAGAAGCAAAGCGAAGGAGAAGGACUGUUGAAUCGGAGGUUGUGGAAAAAACACCCAAAGGAGAGACUGUUGUGGAGAGCGCUACUCCAGAUUACGCGGCUGGCCUUGUUUCUACACAAAAACUUGGUGCCCUGAACAACGAGAGUGCCCUACCAUCUACCAGUUACUUGCCAGCCACCCCUAGUGUAGUACCAUCGUCCUCUUACAUACCAACCUCCGACGCACAGCAAGCUGGAUCUGUUCGUGAAGCUUUGCAAACAACAAGACAGCCUGAAGAAGCCAUACCAGCUAGCAAUACACUUUCUUCUCAGUUUAAACAAAGGACUCCGCUGUAUAAUAGCAAUUCCAACCCUGUCCCUCCGGCCACCGCCCCUACACCUAUACCCACUCCUACCUCUCCACUCACACCCACUACACCUCAUAUGGUGGCUCCUGCGGCACAGCCUCCUCCAGUCACUGCAGAGACUCAACCUCAGCCCAAGAAAAGCCUCUCCCUCACUAGGGAGCAAAUGUUUGCUGCACAAGAGAUGUUCAAAACCGCAAACAAGGUGACCAGACCCGAGAAAGCCCUUAUACUUGGCUUCAUGGCAGGUUCAAGAGAGAAUCCCUGUCCCGAGCAGGGCGACAUCAUCCAGAUCAAGCUCAGCGAAUACACCGAAGUCUUGCCGAAGGCGGAUGGCACAGGCAGCACCACCAUGCUGGUUGACACCGUAUUUGAAAUGAACUAUUCUACUGGCCACUGGACCAAGCUCAAGAAAUACAAACCAAUCACGAAUGUGUCGUAAGGGAUUCCAGACGGCAAACUAUGGACCAAAAUCAGACUUGUUAAUCGGUUCCAUUUCACAGCCCCAGCUCGGGAUUGAUGGGGUGGCAUGCGCUUAUCGUGCGGGUAGAGCGAACGAGAGGCUAUAUUACCUUCGGCUGGAGAACUCUGGGUGUAUGUUAGUGGUGUAGAAACAAGGUGUGGGUAUGGAGAAUAGGCCAGUUUUGUACAACAGAAAUCUUUUAACAUGUGAUACAACUGGACGCAGACACGGUUUUUGUUUGCAGAUUCUUGUAACAGAUGUGUUCGUGUGUUUUUUGUAUUUUUUACCACUUUUUUGUUUUUUAUUACUGUUGUGCACAAGUUCAUGUGAAUUUCAUUUUCACAUACGGUGUAUCGUUAGCGGCAUCAUUUGUUCGAUCGUCUCGUUUUCGUUGGCACUAUAGUGUUGGAAAGCCUUUGGAUGGAGGUAUGUAAAAAAAACAAUCAUAUAGGUGGCUUUUGGGCGAUUCUGCCCAUUGUUGCCUAUAUGUUUACAGUAUUUAGAAUUUCAAUCUCCUUAUUGGAUUUCAUUUUUAAUGUAACUUUGUGUUCACCUCUUAUGCUGGACAUUGGACGUGGACACGGCAGCCACAGCUCAACAACCUAAAAUACCCCAAAUAACUGUCUGCUUGCUCUUGGGAAGCGCUUAUGUAAAAGAACACAACAUUGUCAAAAACUCAACAAUAAAGGGGAGUCCGAGGUUACAAAAUGCUAUUCUUGUUUCCGUAUAGUUUGAGAUAGAGAGAAAUUGAAGGCUGUGGAUUUUUUUUUUUUAUUUUUAUUGAAAAGCUUUGGUUUAACGCAUCCUCCGGUGCUCUUUAAAGCGCUCCGCCGGAGAUGCCCAAGAAUUGUAUGAUCUGUAGUGAAAAAGUCUGGCUUGCAGGUGAUGUAAUUUCCUUCAAAGGGCCCAGAAUGUCCGUUUCCCACAUCUCUUUUGGUGCCUUUCGUGUAUUAUGACCUAAAUAUCACCACCUCUUAUCGUGGACUUCCUUAGCACCAGCUCCGCGGAUGCCGUGUGUUUUCCCAGUAGGCCGCCUGUGACUGGUGCCCCUACGGAUUAUUACUGGCUACGGUUAUAUAAUAUACAUUCAGGCUUUGUUGUGCGAAUCCAUAUUGACCUAUAGCCUAAAGCUAGAUUGUAACACUGCUAUUUAAAACUUGACCCCCCCCAUGGUUACAGAAUUCUUUUAAUAAAUCUGAAAAUAUCCAGUCAAGAU